AUGCCUGGAAACCGUACAAAGCAUGAUGAUGUCGUGAGAGUUGUUGAACUCCACAAAGUAGGUAAAAAUAAUCGAGAAAUAGCCCAUUUAGUUGGAUUGACAGAAUCAACUGUGUCCAGACUCCUUAAUAAAUGGCGUGUGGGUGGCAAGGGUGAUUUUGUGCCCACCCACAAACAUGCUGGGGGCAAGGCCCUUGCUAUAUCUCCAAAGGCUUUAAGGCUUGUAAAGCGUCAAUUGGACCUCCAACCUUCUAUUACUGCAAAGGAAUUGAAGGAAAAGAACCCUAAACUUCUUGGAGGAGUCUCUAUUAGGACAAUUCAAGAAAAUAUUCAGAAGCGCUUAAAUUACUCGAAAGUUAAAGCACGUGUUAAGCCCUUGGUCACUGCCCGACAAAGGGCUCGACGCGUCAAAUUUGCCAAAGAAUACAAAGACUGGGACAUUACAGCCUGGAGAAUGGUACUUUGGACUGAUGAGGCGAUCUUUUGUAUCAGCGAGAGCAAGGGAAAGAAGGUGUGGAAGUCUCCUGCUGCGUCAGCAUGUGACCCACGCCUGACGGUGACAAGUGUUAAACACCCACCCUAUCUCAUGGUUUGGGGUGCCUUUGGCUAUGGUGGUUUGGGAAACCUUGCAAUACUCCCUAAGGGCCAGACUGUCAACUCAGAGCGCUAUAUUAAACUUCUGCAGGAGAAUUUGGGAGAGUUGCAAAAACCGGAUGUGAGAUCCUGCAGCAGGACGGCGCCCCUUGCCACACCUCUAAGGCGGCAAAAAAAUGGCUCAAUGAUUGUGAAGUUGAGUAUAUAA